AUGCCCAACCCGCGCACCGGUCUGCGGGUGUCCGCGCUGACCGCGGCCGCUGUCCUGCUCGCGCUGCUUGUCAGCACCCCGCUGAUCGCUGCGGGGCACCGCUGUAUCUUCGACAAGCUGCAGCGCCUGCAGCUGGCGACUGGCACCAGUGCCGUCCCCGAGGUGAGGGACCGCGGGGCGCCGCAGCGGCAGGGUGCGGAGCAGCAUGGCAGCUUCACAGCCCCUGACGCGUGGGAGCCGAUCCGCAUCUCGGUGUUCACCGAGGACCUUGAUGACAACUCUCGCUACUGCACACAGCCCGGGGAGAUGAAGCCUGAUUUCAAAGGUUCCAUGAUGAAAUGCAAUUCAAAAAAUAUUCUUACUGAUGAAAAGAAGCAACUGCUGCGUAAACAAAUAAUCCCCGACGCGAUACAGAUGCACAAGGACCGCCUGCUGGUGCAACCGCUCAGAGAUAAUAUCCGUGUUGAACACUUCACUGGAGAUGUUUGCUCUCACUUUACGAUUCCCCAGUCCCACCAUGACACUGGUGUACCGGAUACCGAUUUCCUGCUGUAUGUAGCGGCGGGACCAACUGUACCUCGUUUUGUUGCGUGGGCAAUCACGUGCCAAUAUGACCCCAGCGGCCGCCCCUUGGUGGGUGUUGCCAAUAUUGGGUUUACAGACACUAUGGAUAUUAUUCAUUCCACACGUACUCUAUCACACGAGUUACUGCAUGCGUUGGGUUUUGAUUAUCAAUUAUUUGAAAAUCGAAAUAUGAUUAACACUGUGUCUGUUCGUAAUAAACCAGCAAGUUAUGUUCUGAAGUCGCCCAAAGUGGUGGAAGUCGCGAGGGCUCAUUACGGGUGCAGUACCAUGCAGUACGUGGAGUUGGAUGACUUGGGUAGCACAGGGGCUGCGAGCUCACACUGGAAGAUGCGCAACGCAAAGGAUGACUUGAUGGCUUUUAUUGAUUCUGCAGGUUUCUACACUGCCAUCACCAUUGCGGCGAUGGAGGACACGGGCUACUACAAAGGCAACUACCGCAAUGCUGAAAGCAUGGCAUGGGGUAAGAAUGCCGGUUGUGUGCUCUUUGAUAAGAAGUGCGUUAUUGACGGUGUGUCGCAGGUGCCGGAGAUGUUCUGUGAAGGUAAAAUUGCUUCAAUCAGUGAGUACAGGUGCACCUCAGAUAGAAUGGGAAUCGGUGACUGUUUAAUGACAUAUUAUACCAACCUUCCAUUAUAUUUCCAGUACUUCCCCGAUCCAACAAUCGGUGGUACUGAAGACUGGAUGGAUUACUGCCCGUUUAUAAAAGCAUAUUCAGACACCAUGUGUUUUAAUGGGGAUGCAAGAAUGCUGCCCGGUUCUGUGUUUUCAGAAUCUGCGCGAUGUUUUUCAGCUGUCCCGAGGACUCCCAUCAGGAUAAGCAAUCGCCAAAAUAUGCUUUCUAUUUGCGCAGACGUGCAGUGUGACAAGGACACCUCGAGGUACCGUGUGCGCGUGAAGGGUACCAGUGAUUUCGUGGACUGCCCACCCGGAAGUACCCUUGUGCUUUCGGACUACAGUACAGAGUUUAAAUCCGGCGCAAUAGAGUGUGCACCAUACGAGGAGAUGUGCCCCGAAAGCCAUUACACUGACGUAAAUAAUCACGAAAGCAGUGAAGAAAACGCCUACCAACACAAUCACGUAAGCACUAAUGAAGAUGAAGCCGUUACCAAUGACCAAGAGAAAGCCGAAAGCACUGACGUAAACAAUCACGAAAGCACUAAUGAAGACGAAGCCGUUACCAAUGACCAAGAGAAAGCCGAAAGCACUGACGUAAACAAUCACGAAAGCAGUGAAGAAAACGCCUACCAACACAAUCACGUAAGCACUAAUGAAGACGAAGCCGUUACUAAUGACCAAGAGAAAGCCGAAAGUAACAAAAAAAAUAAUAAUAUGAACAACGAGAUAAAUAACAACGAAAGCAGUAGCGGUACAUCCGGUACGACUAACAUCGCAUAUCACUUAACUUACACAAUUGUAGCAUCUCUGGAUGUUAUGAUUGUCCUUCUAAUAUAUAAGUGGCGGUAA